UCUUGACCACCACAUACACAGACACUUUGCCCUCUUCAAUCCAAAAUUGCUGUUUUUAUGUCUAUCAUGGCUUUAUAGACCCAUACCAUUAAUCACAUAUUCCUCUAUGCAGUCGCACUAAACAUAGAAACACACGAAUAAUUGUAGCUUAAAUAUCACAACCACCCAAAAAAAGAGAAACUUCCUUCCUUUGUUUCUUUCUUGCAUUGCACAGUCUCUCUCUCUCUCUCUCUGAAGCUUGUAUCUUUUCUCAUCUUUUAGGAUCUAACUUGACUAUUUGCUCUCUCUUUCUCUCUGUGUGUGUAUAUAUAGUUGUUUCUUAAAUUAAUUUCUUAUUGAUCUGUUAAGGAUUCCCCUUGCAUCUUUCUGAGAUUUGCGUACCAACAAUGCAAGCUACUCAACCAGUUACUAAUGGAGUUACUGAGGUUUCUUCGCAGGCUGAUCUGAAACUUGCAGAACCAUCCAAUGGAGAAAUUUCAAAUCCAGGACCAAACACGAAGCGCUCGGAUCUUUUAGUUCAAGUACCACCUAGACCUGUAGGUUUUGGCCCUAGCAGGAGCGGAAAAGGCUUAAUGCCCUCCCAAAAUUCAUGCAAAGGUAGUUCAUCAUCAGGUGGCUUUUUGCGGGGCUUAAGCUUUAAGAAAAAAGGCGCCGUACCUGAUGGUGAGAGGAGCUUUCUCCUCAAUUCAGACCCUAAGACAUCUCCAGAUAGUCCUAUUGUUGCCAGUCUUAGAUCUGCAUUUUCUUGGCAAAGAUGUACAUCUCUUCCUGUAACACCUGCGUCAAACUUGUCACCUUCUGUUUCCACACCUGUUUCAGCAAGAUUGCCGGGUGAAUCUAUUAAAACAAGUAAAGUAGCUGGCCAGGGAGCUGUUUCAAGGUCCCUCUCAGUGCCUGGCAGAAAUGUAGUAAUUGUGCGAUCUACAUCUUUUGCUUCUCACAAGGAGAAUAAUCUGGUAACUCCUAAUGAAGAUCAGAUAUCUUCACCAGUGGAAGUUGAUGAUGAAGAAAUUCCUGAAGAGGAAGCUGUAUGUAGGAUCUGUCUUGAUGUAUGUCAAGAGGGAAAUAUGCUCAAAAUGGAGUGCAGUUGCAAAGGUGCCCUUCGACUUGUACAUGAAGAAUGUGCGAUUAAGUGGUUUAGUAUAAAGGGAAACAAGAACUGUGAAGUGUGUGGCCAAGAGGUUAAGAACUUACCUGUAACAUUGCUUCGGGUGACGGGCUCUGCUCAAAGCAAUAAUAGGCAGGAUCUGAGUCACCAGAGAUUUAGGUCAGAAGCAAUAAGUGCCUGGCAGGACUUUGUAGUGCUUGUCAUAAUUAGCACCAUAUGCUAUUUCUUCUUCUUGGAACAACUAUUGAUUCAUGACAUGAGGACUCAAGCAAUCAUAAUUGCUGCACCAUUUGCAUUUACUUUGGGCCUUUUGGCAUCAAUAUUUGCCAUCAUCCUAGCAAUUAGAGAGUAUAUAUGGACAUAUGCUGCUCUUCAGUUUGCACUUGUGGCCAUUUUCGUUCACCUAUUCUAUAGCAUGCUUCAUCUGAAGGCCAUUUAUGCUAUCUUGGUUUCAUCAGUUCUGGGUUUUGGGAUAGCUAUGACUAUCAACUCAUUGUACAUUCAAUACUAUGCUUGGCGAGUUCAGGUAGUCCAGAACCCUAGUCCUAGUCCUGUAUAACUGGAUACCGGGGUACAGGGUCAAACAUAUACUCUGUUUAUUUGCUGGCGGAUGCAUGGCAUACAUACUUCUCAAAUCUAUUGCCCAUUAACUAGGAAACAAACAAUGAAAAAGAAUACCACCAAAAGUUUUUAUUCUCUGUAUUCCUAUCAAAUGAGAAAUGUCACGUUUGCCUUUAGCUUAA